CCAUGGCCAACUCCCACGUGGCAUUUCUCACUUUCCCAUUCGGCAGUCACGGUCAGGCUAUCCUCGCUGUCACCCGCCGUCUUGCCACGGCAGCUCCAUCCACCGUCUUUUCCUUCUUCAACACUGCACAAUCCAACUUGUCGUUAUUCUCCUCCCAUCGUCCAGCGAACAUUCGGAUCCAUGACGUGUCCGACGGUGUUCCUGAGGGAUACGUGCUCUCCGGGAAUCCACUGGAGGCGGUCGAGCUGUUUCUCGAAGCAGCGCCGGAGAUUUUUCGGAGAGAAAUCGCGGUGGCGGAGAAUGAGGUUGGUAGGAAAGUGACAUGCAUGCUUACAGACGCGUUCAUCUGGUUCGCUGCUGAUAUGGCGGCGGAGAUGAAAGUGUCGUGGGUUGCUUUCUGGACUUCAGGACAAAACUCGCUCACCGCUCAUCUCAUCAGAGAAACCAUCGGUGUCAAAGAAGUAGAUGGACGUAUGGAGGAGACAUUAGGGUUUAUUUCAGGAAUGGAGAAGAUCAGAGUCAAAGACAUAUCCGAAGGAGUUGUGGUUGGGAAUUUAGACUCUGUUUUCUCAAACAUGCUGCAGCAAAUGGGGCUUGCUUUGCCUCGUGCCACAGCGGUUUACAUGAACUCUUUUGAAGAUCUAGAUCCUACAUUGACUGAUAACCUCAGAUCGAAAUUCAAACGUUACCUGAGCAUCGGUCCUCUCGCGUUGUUAUUUUCUACACCGGAGAGAGAGACACCAGUGCACGAUCCUCACGGUUGCUUGGCUUGGAUCGAGAAGCGGCCCACUGCUUCCGUAGCGUACAUUGCCUUCGGUAGAGUCAUGACACCGCCUCCUGGAGAGCUUGUGGCGAUAGCACAAGGAUUGCACUUUAAAGUGCCUUUUGUUUGGUCGCUCCAAGAGAAGAACAUGGCUCAUUUACCAAAAGGGUUUUUAGAUCGGACAAAAGAGCAAGGGAUGGUGGUUCCAUGGGCACCACAGGUGGAGCUGCUAAACCACGAAGCAAUGGGUGUCUUUGUGUCGCAUGGUGGGUGGAACUCAGUGUUGGAGAGUGCGUCCGCAGGUGUACCGAUGAUUUGCAGACCGAUCUUCGGGGAUCAUGCACUCAAUGCAAGAUCCGUGGAGGUUGUGUGGGAGAUUGGAAUGACGAUUAUUAAUGGAGUUUUCACAAAAGAUGGAUUUGAAGAGUGUUUGGAUCGCGUUUUAGUUCAAGAUGAUGGCAAGAAGAUGAAGGGUAAUGCUAAGAAGCUUAAAGAACUAGCGCAAGAAGCUGUUUCUACGAAAGGAAGCUCCUUUGAUAACUUCAGAGGGUUGUUGGACGAAAUUGUGAAAGUUUAAUUCAAUUAGAGUUUGAAUAAAUAAAGGGAUAAACCACA